CCGGGCUGGAUGCAUCACUGCAUCAUUUAUGGCCAGUCAGUGGCGGUAUCUUGUGCAGGUUAUCUCAUAUCCUGCUCUAUUUAAUAAUUCAACGUGUAUAUAUACCGGAAAAUAUGUGCUUAUUCUAGCGUAGCCUACUUAUAACUCUAUCACGAACAAGAGCUAACAGUUAGCUAACGUUACUGCUGAGGGUCGAUGACGUCAAGUUCUGUCAAAGGUGUGUCUGAAGCUGGAGGUCAAACCAUGGGGCACGGAAAUGGGCCAACAAUGAAGGUUAUGUGCUUCAAUCCAGGAAGUCGCCUCAAAGAAACAUUGCAAAAUGCAGCCCUGAAUUACUGACAAAACACACUAAGGAUCACCUCCAUCUUGACACUUUUGACUGUCCACAUUGUAUGGAAAUUGGAUAUUUUUCCAUAUAUCUCUGCAUAGACUUGGCUGAGACGAUUCGAUCCUGUCCAUUAUCAGCAUUAGAUCUGCCUCAGAAAUAAAAAAAAAAAGGAUAUUGCAUUUUCCACUUGACUCUAGAAUUAUCUGUGUGGAAUGUAACAUUCAGCUGAUAAAUCCUGGAACACAACGAUAAUCAGAUGUUAUUAUCACUUUGAGGAUCUAUCUCCAGUUCAAACCCUCUUCUGGUGCAUCCUGUUACUCUCUACAAUGAAUCCUAACAACCUACCUGGGCAUGUCCUCUUGCUGCUAACUACCGUGCUGGGCCUGAGCGUAGGCUUGGAGUUUACUGGCUCUGAAGGUCAGUGGGCUCGCUACCUGCGCUGGGACGCCAGCUCCAGAAGUGACCUCACAUUUCAGUUCAAGACUUCAGAAUCAGAAGGCCUGCUGCUCUACUUUGACGACGGUGGAUAUUGCGACUUUCUACUUCUCACAAUAUCCGAGGGUAAGCUGCAGGUUCGCAUCAGCAUCGACUGCGCUGAGACCACCAUCACCUCUGACAAAAUGGUCAAUGACAGCCGCUGGCACUUUGCCGCCAUCAACAGGCAUAACUUGCGGACUGGCUUAGCCGUGGAUGGCCAGACCAAGACGGAAGAGGUGCGGCCCCAGCGACGGUUCAUGAAGAUCGUAAGUGACCUCUUCCUCGGAGGACUCCCGGGGGAUAUCCGCACAUCUGCCAUCACCCUGCCCUCUGUCCGCGAGCUACCACCAUUCAAGGGAAUUAUCACAGACCUCAGUUAUGGGAGUAAGCUGCCCACACUAAUCAAUAGUCAGAAAGUACGUUUGGAGAUGAUGGGCCUUUGCACAGAGAACCCCUGUGAGAAUGGCGGGAUCUGCUCUCUGGCAGAUGGAGAAACCUACUGUGACUGUUCCAAAACUGGAUAUGUAGGUCGAUACUGCACUGAAGCAGUCCAGAGAAAACCAGGCCUCGCACACCUGAAGGCAGAGCAAGCGAGAGAGGAAAAUGUGGCCACCUUCCGUGGCUCUGAAUACUUCUGCUACGACCUGUCGCAGAACCCCAUACAGAGCAGCAGCGAUGAGAUCACGCUGUCCUUCAAGACCUGGCAACGCAACGGCCUCCUCCUCCACACGGGGAAGUCCGCAGACUAUGUCAACCUGGCCCUAAAAGAUGGGGCCGUCUCCCUCGUCAUCAAUCUGGGUUCCGGGGCCUUUGAGGCCAUCGUGGAGCCAGUCAAUGGAAAAUUCAAUGACAACGCCUGGCACGACAUCAAAGUGACGCGCAACCUGAGACAGGUGACUAUCUCCGUUGAUGGGAUCCUCACUACCACUGGCUACACCCAGGAAGACUACACCAUGCUGGGCUCUGAUGAUUUCUUCUACGUGGGUGGGAGCCCCAGCACUGCGGACCUGCCCGGAUCCCCAGUUAGCAACAAUUUCAUGGGCUGCCUCAGAGAGGUGGUGUACAAGAACAAUGAUAUCCGCCUUGAGCUGUCCCGCCUCGCUCGCAUUGUGGACCCCAAGAUGAAACUCCAGGGUGAUGUGGUCUUCAAGUGUGAAAACGUUCCCACCCUUGACCCCAUCAACUUCGAGACCCCGGACUCCUACCUGGCCUUGCCGAAAUGGAACACCAAACGCGUGGGCUCCAUCUCGUUUGACUUUCGCACCUCCGAACCCAACGGGUUGAUACUCUUCACUCACGGCAAGGCCCAGGACCGGCGGGAUGCAAAGGGCCAGAAGAACAACAAGGUGGACUUCUUUGCAGUGGAGCUGCUCGAUGGAGGGCUGUACCUGCUGCUGGACAUGGGCUCCGGCACCAUCAAGGUCAAGGCUACACAGGCUAAGGUCAACGAUGGCGCCUGGCACCAUGUGGACAUCCAAAGAGACGGCCGCUCAGGCAUCAUCUCAGUAAACAGCCGCCGGACCCCUUUCACAGCCAGCGGAGAAAAUGAGAUCUUGGACCUGGAGGGGGACCUUUAUCUGGGUGGUCUGCCUGACAACCGGGUGGGCCUGGUGCGCCCCACUGAACUCUGGACUGCUAUGCUCAACUACGGCUAUGUGGGCUGCGUUCGGGAUCUGUUCAUUGAUGGACGCAGCAAGGACAUCCGGCAGAUAGCUCAGUCCCAGAAUGUGACCAGCAUCAAGUCCUCGUGUAGUAAGGUGACGGGAAAACAGUGCGACAGCAACCCCUGCAAGAACAAUGGUGCAUGUAAGGAGGGAUGGAACCGAUUCAUCUGUGACUGUACUGGAACUGGCUUCUGGGAUAGCACCUGUGAGAGAGAGGCAUCAAUCCUGUCGUACGAUGGCAGCAUGUACAUGAAAGUCGUGAUUCCAAACGUCAUGCACACAGAGGCCGAGGACGUCUCCCUCCGCUUCAUGUCCCAGCGGGCGUUCGGCCUGCUCAUGGCCGCCACGUCCCGCGAGUCUGCGGACACGUUGAGGCUCGAGCUGGACAGCGGAAGAGUCAAACUGACGGUCAACUUAGACUGUGUCAGGAUAAACUGUAACACCAGCAAGGGCCCUGAGGUUCUUUAUGCCGGACAAAAGCUCAAUGACAAUGAGUGGCACUCAGUACGAGUGAUCCGACGCGGUAAAAACUUCAAACUCACUGUGGAUGACGACAUGGCUGAAGGUCAGAUGGCGGGCGACCACACCCGUCUAGAGUUCAACAACGUGGAGACAGGCAUCUUGACCGAGAGACGCUUCAUCUCGUCUGCCCCCUCCUCCUUUAUUGGACAUCUUCAGAGCCUGAAGUUCAAUGGUAUGCAGUACAUCGACAUGUGCAAGAACGGGGACAUCGACUUCUGCGAGCUAAACGCCCGCUUCGGCAUGCGCUUCAUCAUUGCUGACCCUGUGACCUUCAAGACCAAGGGCAGCUACCUGGGCCUGGCCACUCUGCAGGCCUAUACCACAAUGCACCUCUUCUUUCAGUUCAAAACCACCUCGCCUGACGGUUUCAUCAUCUUCAACAGCGGCGAUGGGAACGACUUCAUUGCUGUGGAGCUGGUCAAAGGGUUCAUCCACUAUGUGUUUGACCUGGGGAACGGGCCAAGUCUGUUGAAGGGGAACAGUGACAACCCACUGAACGAUAACCAGUGGCAUAAUGUGGUCAUCACGCGAGAUGCUUCCAACACACACACGCUCAAGGUGGACACAAAGUCAGUCACCCAGAAUGUCAACGGGGCCAAAAACCUCGACCUCAAAGGUGACCUGUUUGUCGGAGGUCUGGGACCCAACAUGUACCAGAACCUCCCUAAGCUGGUGGUUUCUCGGGAGGGCUUCCAGGGCUGCUUGGCCUCAGUUGACCUCAACGGCCGCCUGCCAGACCUCAUCAACGACGCCCUUUUCCGCAGCGGGCAGGUUGAGCGUGGCUGUGAAGGCCCAAGUACGACCUGCCAGGAGGACUCGUGCGCCAACAUGGGUGUAUGUAUCCAGCAGUGGGAGAACUUCACUUGUGACUGCUCUAUGACAUCUUACACGGGGACUCACUGCAACGACCCUGGCACCACAUAUAUCUUUGGUAAGGGAGGGGGUCUGAUCACAUACACGUGGCCUAAUAAUGAGAGGCCGAGCACACGGACGGACCGACUGGCAGUGGGCUUUAGCACGACCAUCAAAGACGGCAUCCUCGUCCGCAUCGACAGUGCCCCGCGUCUGGGUGACUACAUCAUGCUGCACAUCGAACAAGGCAAAGUAGGUGUGACAUUCAACAUUGGGACAGUGGACAUCAGUGUUAAGGAGACAACCACAGAGAUAAAUGAUGGCAAAUACCAUUUGGUCCGAUUCACCAGGAACGGGGGCAACGCCACCUUACAGGUGGACAACUGGCCUGUCAAUGAACACUUUCCCACAGGCAACAGCGACAUUGAGCGCUAUCAAAUGGCAAAUAAGAAAAUCCCGUUCAAAUAUACCCGGCCAGUAGAAGAUUGGCUUCAAGAGAAAGGCCGGCAGCUGACAAUCUUCAACACCCAGGCCACUAUCUCCAUCGGCGGAAAUGACCGGAAGCGACCCUACCAGGGCCAGCUCUCCGGCCUCUACUACAAUGGCCUUAAAGUCCUCAACAUGGCCGCCGAAGGCCACGUCAACAUCAAGGUGAAUGGCAGCGUGCGGCUGGUGGGUGACGUGCCGGCCAGCAGGGGUGCGGCACGCACCACCACCUCCGUGCCACCGGAGAUGUCCACCACCUUUAUUGAGACCACCACCACACUCUCCACCACGACCACCCGCAAACAGCGCUCAACACCCACUAUUCAGACGACGGAUGACAUUGUUUCGUCGGCGGAGUGCUCCAGCGACGACGAGGACCUGGAAGAGUGCGACUCCGGACAUGCAGGAGGGGAGCUAGUCAUCCCCGUUCUAGUUGAGGAUCCCAUAGACAUCCCUUCUGUAUCCACCCGUUCUCCCUUCAUCCCCCUCCCCCCUACCCUCCGCCCCGUCCUUACCAUUAUUGAGACCACCAAAGAAUCCUUGGCCAUGGCCACUGAGGCGGGGGUACCUUGCUUGUCGGACCGAGGCAGCGAUGAUUGUGAUGAUGGUGAUGGUGGUGAUGAUGGUGAUGAUGAUGAUGAUGAUGGCAUGGUGAUUUCGGGGUUUGGCUCUGGCGAAGCUUUCGACUCUAGCCUGCCCCCGACUGACGAUGAAGAUUUUUACACCACCUUCUCCCUGGUAACAGAUAAGAUCUUGACCACAUCGGCUUAUGAAGGCGGCUACAAAGCCCUCGCGCCCAAGUGGGAGGCCAAGGACUUGAGGCCUAGCAAAGCCUCUGAGGCAGGUAGGACUACACCCACCUCGCCUCUGCCUGACCCCCGGGGCACGCCGCCGGCGGCGGUCCCCUCAGACACGCCACCCAAGCUGCCCGCCGGGAAAAUGAACAACCGCGAGGUAAAACCCCCGCAGCCGGACAUUGUCCUGCUGCCCUUGCCCACGUCCUUUGAUCUGGACGGCACCAAGCCACGGGGCCCCUUCAUCACCUCGCCCAUGCUGCGCACAGUGCCAGCUGCCUUGCCCACAGUUCCCGGUGUGGUGCGGCGGGUGCCCCCUGGGGCCUCAGAGGUGAUCCGGGAAUCCAGCAGUACCACGGGCAUGGUGGUGGGCAUUGUCUCAGCCGCCGCCCUCUGCAUUCUCAUCCUCCUCUACGCCAUGUACAAGUACAGGAACAGGGACGAGGGUUCCUACCAGGUGGACGAGACGCGUAACUACAUCAGCAACUCGGCGCAAACCAAUGGCGCUGUGGUGAAGGAUAAAACACCCAGCGGCAGCGCCAAAGGCAGUGCCAGUAGCAAGAGACCGAAAGACAAGGACAAGGAAUAUUAUGUAUAGAAAUCAGAAGUCAUUUCCCAACACAUACAAAAAUAAACAGUUUGGAACAAAGUUAUAAACAUUUUGACAGUACCAUAUUGGCAACUGUGAUUUAAAAAGGAUAAAAUCUCUUGAGAACUCAAGAUUUACUGAGUCACUGAAACAUUUACAAAAGAACUUUGGCUUAUGGAAGCACACUUACUAUUGUAAGCAUUACAGUGAGACAAUGCAGUACAACUUCACCGGGACUCAGCGUGGAUCUUUUUAAGAAGUCCCUGCUGGAGGCAGUGUGAAUAACAUCACUGUAACAUCCACACGACCCCAAGUGACUGUCAAGAGAUGUGUGAUCCUUAGAGUUCUAAUGACCUUGUCCAUUGUAACCCUGUAAAAUACGAUCACUGUCAUUUCGGCCAUUCUGAGCAUGCAUGUGAGGUGUAUGUGACGUGGUGCUGGCAUCUGUGUAAGUGAGGGACCUCAAGAAACUAUGAUUGUCGGGGAAAGUUGGAAGUCAAAACAUGAUUUCACAUUACAAACGCUUUCAUUAAAUGUAGCUUUCAUGGAUGCAAUAUGAGCUAAAGUAUAUGUAAAGCAGUCUUUUUAUUUCUAUUAUUGUUUUUUAUUUAUUCAUUCAGUAGGUUAUUUAUUUAUUUAUUGAAUUUAGAUCUUUUUUUGAAGGAUGAUGUCCAGUCAGGGUUGACUAGUGCUCAGUGACCACUCAGCAGGAUGUGAUACAGUAAUGUAUCUCAAUAUUUCUCUCUCCCUCCCUCACGUCUCAGCUAAGGAUUGGGCUGCUAUGCAUGGUAUCCACAUUCUAGAUGGUGUUCAAGCGUGCAAGAGUGGAUCCACCAGGCAAAAUGCACAAUACAUUGUUAUUUCUCUGAAUUUUAAAUCUCUGAUAGCAUUUUUCUUUUUUUGAUCCAGUUUUCAUUCCAUUUCCCCAAAUGCUGUGUGAAAAACAAAUUACCAUAAUUUGUGUCUGGCGGAGAUUUAAUUGUUGCAAUCUUAAAAAAGAAAAAAAAUCCAGGCUAACUCCAGUGUGAACAAGUGUGAUUAUAUCUGUUGUCACAGAGGACUCUGUCAAAAACAGCAAAUAUGUUUACAUAUUUUAUUACAUCAUAGCCGUUGUGCUUUGCAGGUCAAUAUUGUACAGAAAAUUCAAGUUCUGUUGAUUUUGAACCUCUUCUUGUAUAGACAGACCAUUUGAUUUGAUUUUACUGCUGUAGCAACAUGGGAAAAAAAGAUUUAUAUUCUUUUUCCAGGAACGCCUGGGGAUAAAAAAUGAUGUGCACAGGAACAUUUGUUUAGGUGGGGAGAAAAUGUUAGAUUAGACGUCUAGUCUCUCUGGAUGGUGUUUCUCUUCAGUCGCAUGAAUAUUUGACCAUGGGAAGCUGUCAAUCAAAUAGAAUAACAUCUUGUAUUAGGGACUCCUCUUUAUUCAGAAAUUACUUUCAUCAUGUUAUUUAUUUUUUUAUUGGAAAUUUAAAAAACAGAACAAGAGAAUAAAGACAGAUUAUGGAUUUGGAGAUCUAUUGCUAGCACCUUACAGACUUACAGGUGUUUUUUUUUCUUACUUUUUUAAAAACUCUGACGUCAAUGUUGUUGUCUGCUCAACUCAUCUUUUUGCAUAUGUUUUUUUUUCUGUUACUGUGUAGCUUAAUUUCAUGUCUCAUUUUUAUGACAUUCUCUUCUGGCAAUAUGUUGUUUUUUUAUGUUAUUUAUUGCUAAAGUUUUUUGUUCUUGUUCAUUUUCAUGCAAAAUCAGUCGGUGUGUAUGUUCACUUUGAUUUUUUGUGUUGGUACUUGGCUUUUUCAACCAGUUAAUUAUUAUUGUCUUUGCUCCUUUGACUCCAAACAAUUCCCAGAAAUAAAAAAAUGUUGUUCCCAAA